GGUUCGGUUCCGUGGUUUUUAUCUGCAUUAAUUGUAUCUCAAACUGGGAAAAAAAUCUCUCUUUUUCCUAUAUAUUUUUUUAAAGUCAUCCUCUAAAAGCUCUCCAAAAAUCUAGGGUUUUAGGGGGUUUUAUCUCCUGAAUUUGAAUUUCCCAGAUCUCUACUCCACAAAUUGAUUGAGAUUCUCAAUUGGGGAGCUUCUCAACAACUCCGGCGAUGGCAGAUGAGAAGAACGGUGGACAUCUAAGUGACGCUAGUGACUACUCGUCAGAGGACGAAGGAACAGAGGAUUACAGGAGAGGAGGCUACCAUGCGGUUCGAGUCGGUGAUACUUUUAAGAAUGGAUCUUAUGUCAUUCAGAGUAAGCUCGGUUGGGGUCAUUUCUCUACUGUCUGGCUUUCUUGGGACACUCUCAACUCUAGAUAUGUUGCUUUGAAAAUCCAGAAGAGUGCUCAGCACUAUACUGAGGCAGCCAUGGACGAGAUAAAGAUAUUGAAACAGAUUGCGGAAGGUGAUACUGAAGAUAAGAAGUGUGUUGUGAAGCUUCUUGAUCAUUUCAAGCACGCAGGUCCUAAUGGGAACCAUGUUUGUAUGGUCUUUGAGUAUUUGGGAGAUAACCUCUUGUCUGUUAUCAAGUACAGUGACUACCGAGGGGUUCCUCUUAACAUGGUUAAAGAGCUAUGUUUCCAUAUUUUAGUUGGUUUGGAUUAUCUUCACCGCGAACUCUCUAUUAUUCAUACUGAUAUCAAGCCGGAGAACAUUCUGCUUUGUUCCACCAUUAACCCUGAGGCAGAUGCUAGGAAAGCAAGUACUCCUCUUGUACUUCCAACCGCCAAGGACAAGACUGUUCCCGAGAAAGAAAAACCCAAGAGUUACACAUAUGCUGCGGAUAUGACUAAGAAUCAGAAAAAGAAGAUUCGUAAGAAAGCUAAGAAAGUGGAAGGUCAAGGAUGUGGUGGAGAUGAUGGUUCAGAGGAAAAUGAGAGAGAUUCUAACUCUGAGGCAAGAUCAAACGGGAAUUCAACUGUGGAGGGGUCGCAAGAGAGUUCGGAGAGAGUAAAAGAUGCAGAGAAUGUUAGUCAAAAGAGUCAGGGCCAUAGGAGAGGAAGUCGAUCCACGAGACAAAAGUUACUUGCGGAUGUUGAUCGGAAAUGCAAGUUGGUGGAUUUUGGGAAUGCUUGUUGGACUUAUAAACAGUUUACAAGUGAUAUUCAAACAAGACAGUACCGAUGCCCUGAGGUUGUUCUUGGUUCAAAAUACUCAACCUCGGCAGAUAUGUGGUCAUUUGCUUGCAUUUGUUUUGAGCUUGCCACCGGAGAUGUUCUAUUCGAUCCUCGCAGUGGUGAAAACUUUGAGCGAGAUGAGGAUCACUUGGCAUUGAUGAUGGAGCUUCUUGGGGUGAUGCCACGAAAGAUUGCAUUAGGCGGACGUCAUUCACGGGAUUUCUUCAACCGGCAAGGUGAACUUAGGCACAUCAGGCGGUUACGGUUUUGGCCACUUAGCAAGGUCUUAAUGGAUAAGUAUGAGUUUAGCGAGGAAGACGCAAUUGCUAUGCAAGAUUUCAUCACUCCCAUUCUUGAAUAUGUACCUGAGAAAAGACCGACGGCUGCUCAGUGCCUAACGCACCCAUGGAUGAAUCCGGUCCCUCGAUCGCUGAAACCGUCACCAAGUCCACAGACAUCCAAAGAAGAAGAAGUAUCAGCAGAUGAGGAUAAAACGAAGGAAAAGAGUGAGAUGGAAGUGAUUGAGGUUGGUGUUGGUAAUAUCUCCAUUGAUGGCUCAGAACCAAAGACCUCUGCAAGAGAAGGUCGUCAAUCUGCUCGUGAUCUUCGCACUUAGAGCAAAAGUAAUAAUCUUUGAAAAAAGUUUUGUAUUCGCCUCUGAGUCUCGAAGUUUUAGAUACAUACUAUAUUGUUUUUUACCCCUUCCCUCUUGAAAAACAAAAGAUUUGAAAUUUCA